UCUGGCCACGGUACCGCAACACUGAAUAGUUUUAAGGUAUGCCGGGAGCUACGACUGAAGAUACGGAUGGCGCUUGUGGGGACUGCCCGCCUUCGAAACCGGAAUCCGUUCCCUGGGAUGAAAAGACGGAAAACAAUAUGCUGAGAUCCCGGCUGGAUGAGCAGUCGCAGCUUAUCUGCCUGCUGAAGCGGCGAGCGGACGACACUCUCCUGAAGUGCCAGACUCUGGAGAAGCUCAAUGAGGAGCUGGAAAAGAAGGGGGCGCAGGCCGAAGCGCUGCUGCGGGCUGAAAGGAAACGAGGGGACCAGCUGGAGGAUAGGUUUGGAGUUUUAGCCUCCAAUCACCAGGACAUGAUUAGGUUCAAAGACGAAUAUAAAAAGCAGAACGAGGAGCUGAAGAAAGAGUGCCAGCAGCUGCGGGAAAACAGGUUCCCGGAGCUGUUGGAGAAGGAGCGGAGUGUGAAGGAACUGAGAGUUCGGCUGGAGACCGUAGAAUCCGAGCUUCGGGAGCAGAGGGUCCGGCAUGAGAAGGAGACGGUCGAGUUAAAAGGGAGACGGGAACAGCUGCUGGAACAGAUACAGGACCAAGAUGUGCAGCUGGGGGCGCUCACUCAAAGACUGAAGGAUUCAGAAGAAUUAUAUUGCAAGGCACAAGAACAACUAUCCUGCUUGGAGGAGAAACGGAGAAUGGAAGAGGGCAAAGCUGCAAAGAUAUUAGAUGAAGUGAAGAAAGAAAAGGAAGGACUUUUACAACUCUCGAUGGAACGUGGUAAGAUCUUACAGGAGAGGCAAAGAGAGAUAUCUGAGCUCAAUAUUCGGCUACAGAAUGCAGAGAAGGCAUCCCAUGAAGCAAAAGAGAGGUAUCAAAGAGACGCAGCAGCAGUGGAUGUGAAUGCCAGAGUGGUCGACUUACGUAAGAGGCUCGAAGAAAAUGAAAAAGAGUUGGUGCAACUGACCAGGGAAUUUGAGGCCUAUAAAAAGCAUAGUGUUGAUUUGCUAAGUAGAGAGAGAGAAUUAAAUGCCAAACUCCGUCAUCUCAUUGGCUGACUUUUAUAUAUUUGUUUCAGCAAAAUGGAAAGUGUAUUAACCAUGAACUAGUAAAAUACAAAAGUCCUACUGUGUCUAUUAGGAAUUUGCUUAAUCGCUUUGUGCUUAUAGAAGUGUCAUUACUUGUAUAACACUAGGUGCAUGUACAAAAAAAAAAUCAUGUAUGUUUACUAACUUGCUGUAUAUACAGUUUGAUGAAACUAAAUCUAAAUUCAUUCUUCAAAUUUAGGGAAAACACAAUUUUUAUUCGUGUAAAUGCUGCCUUAGAAAAUAGAUGAAAAAAAGGUAUCAUUCUGCAGAUGCAGAUGUGACACUUGUGCCAAACCAAAAAAGCUGCAACAAGAGCUGGUUUUAAAUAUAUGAAG